UGUAGCGAAAGGGACGUGCGCGCGUCCUCACUUCCUGCGCAGCUCCUGCUUCUUUCUGGUCUGUGUUGAUAGCGGCUUUUUGCUUCCACACGUGCAAUCUUUCCUAUGUGAAUCUCUCCCCUUUGGACCAGUUUAUAAGCUCAUCCUGCUCUGUCAGAAAAGGUUUAAAGCCAUAGAAACCGACAACCAUGGGGGCUUAUCUGUCGCAGCCUAACACAAACAAGACUUCUUCCGAUGGCGGCAACAGCAACAUGAGCUACGGGUUCUCUGCCAUGCAGGGCUGGCGUGUGUCCAUGGAGGAUGCUCACAAUUGUAUCCCAGAGUUUGAUGAGGAGACAGCCAUGUUUGCGGUAUAUGAUGGACAUGGAGGUGAAGAAGUGGCUCUGUACUGUUCAAAGUAUCUUCCUGACAUCAUCAAGGAGCAGAAAACCUACAAAGAUGGCAAACUGCAAAAGGCUCUGGAGGAUGCAUUCUUGGCCAUCGAUAGCAGAAUGACCACAGAGGAAGUCAUCAAGGAGCUAGUCCAGAUCGCUGGACGGCCCACUGAGGAGCCACCCACUGCAAAGGUGGCAGAGGAGGACGACUUGGAGACCGAGGAGGCAGCGUUGCUCCAUGAGGAAGCCACAAUGACCAUAGAGGAGCUGCUGGUACGCUAUGGCCAGAACCUCAAUGCUGUCAAGCACGCAGCUGCCAUCAGUGCUGCUGCUAAGAAGGCGUCCUGCUCGCACCCCGAGGCCUCUGGAGAUAAAUGUGGGGAAGGAGAGAAGGAGAAGGAGGGGCUAAAUGGAGAGGUGGGGGAGGAAAGCAAUGGGAAGGUGAAGGCAGGUGAAGGAGCGGCAUGCGGGUCCAAGCUGCGAGCCUGUAGGAGAACAGGAGGAGGUGAAGGCAGUGGUGCAGCUUCUGACUGUGGAGGGUCAGGAAGCUCCAAUGGAGAAGAGAAGGCUGGUAAGGCAGAGGGAGAUGCAGGACCCUCCUGCUCCUCUUUGUCUUCCAAGGCUGCAGGAGAUAACAAGUCUAGGUUCUUUGACGACAGCGAGGAGUCUGAGGAGGGAGAAGAGGAGGAGGGCAGCGAUGAAGAGGAUGGCAGCGAAGAGGAAGAGGGUGACAGCAGUGAGCUGGAAGAGGAGGAGGAUACAGAGGAGGGAGAGGAUGACUCUGAGGAUGAAGAAGAGGAGGAAAUGUGUCUUCCUGGAAUGGACGGCAAGGAGGAGCCGGGCUCAGACAGUGGCACCACAGCUGUCGUGGCUCUGAUCCGAGGAAAACAGCUGAUUGUGGCCAACGCUGGAGACUCUCGCUGCGUGGUGUCUGAGCGCGGCAAAGCUGUUGACAUGUCAUACGACCACAAACCAGAGGACGAGGUGGAACUGGCUCGCAUCAAAAACGCUGGAGGGAAGGUGACCAUGGACGGACGGGUCAACGGUGGGCUGAACCUCUCCAGGGCCAUUGGUGACCACUUCUAUAAGAGGAACAAGGCCCUGCCUCCAGAGGAGCAAAUGAUUUCUGCGAUGCCAGACGUCAAGGUUCUGACACUUAAUGAGGACCACGAUUUCAUGGUCAUUGCCUGCGACGGCAUCUGGAAUGUGUUAAGCAGUCAGGAGGUUGUGGACUUCAUCAGUGAGAGGAUUAAACCAGACCAGAGUGGCAAUGUCAGAGCCCUCUCAUCCAUAGUGGAAGAGCUGUUGGACCACUGUCUGGCCCCUGACACAUCUGGAGACGGGACCGGAUGUGACAACAUGACCUGCGUCAUCAUCACCCUCCGGCCACACCCGUGCCCCGCUCAGUCAGAUGACACAAAGAAGAGGAAGCACCAGGAGGAGGCAGAAGGGACCGAAGUGGAGGAGAACGGCAACGACAGCAAAAAGGCUAAAAGUGACUAAACACCCUGUCCCAGAGGGAGCAGCAGGUCCCAGGCUACCCCUGACACACCAGAGACGCAUUCUGUUCAAAAUUAAAUCCUGACCUCACAAACAUCAGUUCACCCUAAAACAGAAAAUACAAAUAUUAUACAGAUGCUCAAAGAUCAGCUGAACUCGGAUCAUCGGUAUAGUUUUUUUUGUCCUCUGUUUUAGGUGGAUUUUCAACGUAACACCCUCUCCAGCUGUUUAUUUUGUUCGCUCUCGUUGGAACGAGGCUGGACACGCUUUACUUCUUACAUUCAGAAGUGGCGAACUCGCCGCUCACUGGCAUGCUGAAUAGCACAUUUCCACGUAUUUGUAACUAGGAGGAAGAUGCAGGACGAACCAGUCUACAGAGAUUAGUGUGUAUUUCUAAACAUUUUAGACAUGUCUCACCAUCUCUGCAGACGUGCACUGCACUCCGUUAUUGUUGAACGUCCACUAGAAAAAAACUGUGGAAAAAUAUAUUUGAGGAUAGGUCUUGUAGUGACCUUUAUCUGAUUGCUGUUCACAUCUUACAGUGUGCCACAUGCAUAUUCAUUGCAGUUUUGCAGUAUGAAAUAUGCAUGUUACUUUUCUAAUAUGAUACUGCGCAAUGCUGACUGUGUGUUGUGCCCAAAUUACAAAACAGUCAUAUCUCAACAAAGUGCCAUAGAAACCAUGAAUUCCUUUUAUAGGCACCAUUUCACAUCCUCAAAUUAACUGAACCCAGAGAAGGGAACUGAAAUGGCUUCAGAUUAGCGUUGUGUAAAAGUAGAAAAAGUGAUUGAAUGAGAGGAUGCUGGAGUUCUUCUGUGGCCCAGAUUGAAGAUGCAGUGAGAAUGCAUGUGCGCGUCUAGUUUUGCACUGAAUGUGUUGGUGCCCUGUUUCAGGUUCCUCUCUGAUGUUGAUAGCCCACCCUGAGUUUAAGAGGCAGUGAAACAGCAAGAGGAACUGAAGGCUUUGGGGUACUAGUCCAGUUGCUCUUGUUUGCCAUUAUAUAUAUUUUUUUAUUUUUCUCAGUCAUCAACAGUACAGCGCCCUCAUUUCCCAUUCCUGUAUUGUCUUUAUCAAAAUCUGUAAAUUUCCAGACAGGGAAAAGAUGCCAGGGUUUUGGGAGCUGGAGUACUUAUUUACUGAUAUCGGAGAGACAGAAUGUGUCCAGCAUUUUAUUUCUCUGUAUGUCCAUCCAGAAAGAGAUGGUGAUUGAAUCCCUGGACCGGCCCUCGACACACAACUCGUCUCUGGGACUCUACUGUCCUACACCCCAUCUACUCCCUGUCGGUUCCUUGUUUCCACUGUAACACUUUUUUUUUAAGAUCAUCUCUACGACAUGAGUUUUGAGUAGUAUUAUCACCUAAAAAAUGUUUUCAUUUGUGAUUUCUGGCAGUUCUUUAAAAAAAUCCUCUUUUUUUUCACUCUGAAAACACCCUGGAUGCUGGACUGUAGAGAGGACGCACAAGGUUAUUUUUGAGUGGAAAUACAAUUUGAAGUUCAGAGCACCAAGACAGUAUCUGGUAACUGUUUAGAAGAUAAUAUUUUUUCUUUAUUUACAGAAUCUUCAUUUAAACCAUACCGUGUGACUUAAGUUUGUUUCUAGUGUACUCUCGUCACCAUGCCCUUUUUUCUGUACAUAGUUUUUUCAAUACUUGUAAUUGAAGAAAAAGAAAAUGCUUUUUCUUUGUAAUUGUGAGUCAAUGUGACAUUUUUGGUGCAUACUCUUUUGACACCAGUAUGUCAGUACAUACAAAUACAUUUUUUAAAAUAAUGGGA